AUGGCCUCCAUCCCGUUGAACUUCCCGUCCGGCGGAGGGGGCCCGGGCUCGGUGGCGGCCCCGGCCCCCCAGGCGCGCUCGGUGGCGGCCGGACCCCCGGCCGCGGCCGCGCAGGCGCACCCGACCGGCCGCGCGGCCCCGCCGACGCAGCACCCGCCACAGCAUGCCGCCUCGGGGGUCGGGGCGUCGACGCCGGGGUCGCCAGCCGGCGCCAGCGCCCCCGCCAGCGCCGCUCGGCCGGACCAACGUAUCUUCCACCUGCCGCAUGGGUUUUCCCGGUUCUCGGCACACCUGCAAGCUGACGCGGCCUCGGUGGCCGCCUUCUCGCUGGAUCGCGUGCAUGCGUUUGAUUGGUUCCGCGCGCGCUUUGCCCUGGGCCCGGGCGCGGGGACCGGCGUGGGUCCCCGGCGGCCGCGGCUUUUCGACCUGCGCGAUGGGUCCUUCGCCUGCCCGGCGGUCAAGCUCGGCCUGACCCUGCUCAACUUGGGGGUGGUGUGUUCCUUCACGUCGCCGGCCCCGGCGGCCGGGGCCGAGGAUGGCGCCGGCCCCGCCCCGGCCACGCACCACAUCGACCUGCUGAUUUUUUGCGGCCGCACCGCCGACGGCCUGACCCUCGGGCCGCACCUGGACAUCCGGACGCAGGAUGAGCCCUCGGGCCCGGGCGACGCCGCCGAGCCGGCCUACCGUUUGGCGCUGGCCGCCGGCAACCGGGUGAGCCUCAUCCUGCCGGCCUCGGUUCGACUCGACAGUGGCACCAUCAAUCCCCUGCUGGACCUGGACCUGAUGAACAGCCUGUCACACAGCCUGACCAACUUUGCCGACCGUCGGAUAUCCACCCUCAUUGGCGGCGUGCGGCUGGGCGACUUCAUUGCCUUCCCUCAGGACUCGCCUUCCUCCUCCAGCCUCCUGUCGGCUGUUCGGCUGAGUGGCGACUGGUACGACCAGCCGGUCAGCCGCGUGGUGGUCCACUCGCCAGUGGUCAGCCUGGACUUGGUGCCGCUGGCGCGACUGGUCGGCUGCUCGGUCCCCCCGGGCACCGGGAUGGCCGCCGCCGCGGCCGCCACCGCCCUGUCCUCCAUGGACCCGGCGCACCCGAUCAACCAGUGCCACAAUUUGCCCGUCUUUGUCGCGCCGUCCGGCGCCCAGGCCACCGUGCUGCACGGGGUGGGGCCCCUGCCGGCGGCGGUGCUACGCGCAUGGGCCUUCGUCUGCCCGGGGCUCUUUUCCCUGUGCCCGGGGAGCUGCCUGUCGGGGCUGAGCCGGGCCUCGCAGGCGUGGUCCCCGCCGGGGCUCAUCUCGCAGAUGCUCUCCUUCCUCCUGUGCGAGGCGGACUUGUCGGCCGUCUGCUGUGCCCAGUGCGCCCAGGGGGUGGUCAUCCAGUACCACCAUGCGGCCGAUGCGGGCGGCGCGCCGGCCGGCGACCCCGGCGACCCGGGCCCCGGCCGGUCCUUCUCCGUGGUUCCCAUUGCGGCGAUUUACUGCCAGUCCAGCGUCACCCUCUCCCAGAGCAUCAGCCCCUGCUCGGCUAGCUGGUUCACCGAGACCCCCGGAGCGGGUGCCGGGCCGGGGCCCGGGCCGGACCCGGCGGCAAGCCCCGCCCCCGGCCCGACGGCCACCCCGGCCGGGGGCGACCCCAAGCCCCGGGCCCCGGCCGCCGCCGCCGCCCCGCCAGACCCGGCCUACCCCUUCCGGCCGUUUGCCCCGUCGCUGGCGGACUACUCCUUCUACCAGAGCCAGCUCAUCCACGAGGCAUUCACCUUCAAGUCGGUGGAUGCCCUGCAGUCGGCCCUGCGGCGAUUGGCCCGGCUGCGGGUGGGGGACUUUGCUCGGGCUGGCGGGCCGCCGCCGCCGCCGGCGGCCGACUAUCCCCCCCUGCGGUACCGACGCCGGCAUGCGACUCGGCCAGAGCCGCGGCCCCUGCACAGCCUCAUCCUGCAGGCGCAGCAGGACCCGGCCCUGCCCUGGCCCCUGGACCCGGCGCACCGGGGCUUCCAUGAUGAUGAUGACUUCGACCCGGCCGACGGCGCGGCCCGGGCCCUGCCCUCGUAUGACGAGGCUCUGGCUCUCUUCCUCGGGGCCGACGCAUUCGGGCGCAUGGACACCGGUCGGUCGCCGGGCGCGUCGGAGGCCGGCCUCACCGAAGCCAGCCCGGCUCCGAGGUCGGCGGGUGACAGCCCGCCGGGCCCGGGCUCGGCUUUGUCGCCGCUGCCGCCGCCGUCGCUGCCGGCCCCGCCGCCGCCCCCCCCGCCAACACCACCACCGGCCCCGGGCAAUCGCUUCUCCCUGGAGAGCUACUGGCGCUCCCGGUCGAGUCUGUUGGAGCGGUCGAACUCCGGGCCCCUGCGGGCCCGAGUGCGGCCGGCCACCAGCAAGGCCGACUCGCCGGCCAUGACCACGGCGGCCAUGGCCACGGCAGGUGCACUGGGGGCGACCUCCUUGCCCGGGGCCCCGGCCGCUGGCGGGGUGCCCACCGCGGCGCCCUAUCAGCCGGAGUUUCUCUUUCCGGCCGAAACCCCGGACUAUUUGCCUGUCCGGACCCCGCGCGCGGAGAAGGCCCGCACGCGCAUGGAGGCCGCCUGUGCCGGCGGCCGGCCCGGACUCUCCUUCUUCCCCUCGACCCUGGCCCCGUAUAGCGUGUCCUCGCCAGGGCAGUCGCCGCCGAACUCGGGCUCGGCCCUGCUCAGUCCGGCGGCUUGCCCGCCGAGCGUCUCACCGCAGGCCGCUGCCCCGGGGGCUGGAGGACCUGCCCCCGGGGCCCUGGGGCCUACGCCUGAGGCGCCUGCCCCGGGUCUCGGCGGAGCCAGCCCCUCCUGCCCGGGCGACGGCCAUGGUGCCCCUUCGCCGGCGGCGCGUCGGCCAUCGCCGCUACCGGGCGACGGGGCGCAUCCCCAGCGCGAGCCGGCUGGCCGAGCCAAGUUCGGGAAGAUCACCACGGCGCAGCUCUUCGCCGGCCCGGAAUCCGCUCUUUGGCGCGGCUACAGCCUGACCGGGCUCCGCUCAGCCCGGCGCCCGGAUGGUGCCCAGUCUACCUUUCCCUUCCCCCAGCACAAGCGCAUCUUCACCUCGCCCGAAAGUCGGCCCGAUGCCGUGCCGAUUGUGUGCUCGCUGACGGAGCCGGACCACUCGGCGGUCCUGCUGCAGCGCCUGCGCUUGGCCCUGACGGCGGCCUUCCCCCUGCGGCACCCGGAUUUCCUCGGCGGCAUCACCCGCCCGGGGUACCUGACCCUGGAGCAGGACUGGCACUUCUUGGCGUCGCCCCUGGCCACGGUGGGCGGCCCGUUGGCGAUGGCCGCCCUGGCGGGCAUUUUCUCCGGCGGCCGGGCCCCCCAGGAGGCCGGGUCUCCCGCCGCGGGGGAGGACCGCCGGCUGGCCAUCGGCCAGGCGCCGGUGAUGCCGGUAUUCUGGCCGGAGAUCGAGUGUCGCGUGACGGCCACCAUGGCCUCGUCCGAUCUGCCCGGCACGUCGACCAAGCAGGCGGACAACCUCAGCUCGCUGAAUGCCUUUUCCCGGGUGCAGCUGAGCUCGCGGUCGCUGCCCUUCUGGGAGGAGCUGGGCCUGAUGCCGAUCCACUCGCACUCGGCCAAGCCGGCACGCAUCAUCCCGGCCCCGUCGGCCCACUCGCUCGGGGACUAUCCCGGGUGCGCGUGCCAGUAUCGCCAACUCCCGGACGGGUGUCCGCUGAUGAUCGGCCGGCGGCCGGUCGACUCGGCUCGCUUCAACUGGACCGCCCCGGCCUGCAUCUCGCACCUGGCCUGCGGGGUGAACUCCAGCACGGCCGACACGCUGGGGCUGCCGGCGCCGGGGCUGGGGGCCGGGCCGGCGGGCUCGCAUCCCAGCGGCAAGGGCCCGGCCGGGUCGUCCGGGCCCGGGGCGGCCCCUGGAGCCGGGCGCUUCCUGCCGCAACAGCGGGUUUUCCACUCGCCGCGGGUGGACUUGCGCUUUGCCUUCGUCGGGGGCGCCCUGGCCGGGGCCGCGCAGCCGGGGCCCCUGUCGGCGGCUCGGCAGCAGCAGCAGCAGCAGCACCUUCUCCAGCGCCAAGCCCCGGCUCCCUUUGUGCCGGUCCCGCUGGGGGUGGCUACGGCCGCUGGGCUGGGCCCUGCCGCCGGGGUUGCGGCCCCGGCAGCCGGAGAGGCCUCACCGCGGCCGGCCCCGGCCGGCGCCCGGCCCAGCCCCACCGGGCCGGCCCUCUCGUCGGCGCACAUUGCCCGCGCAUCGCACACCAUGUCGACUGCCUACAGUAAUUUCGGCUUCGGCCGGCUGGCGCCGCACCCGGCCGAUGCGGCAGCCGCCCUGGCCCAGGCAUUUGCCUCCCUGCCGGACUUCACCCUGCCCGAGACCGACCAGACGGGCGCCCCGCGCCGGGUGGACAUGGCCCCUCCCACGGUGUUCCUCCUGUCGGUGUGCGAAUCGUAUGCGGUGACCAUCGCCGGCAAGCGUCUUCCCGAUGGGGGUUUGGUGGUGGUCAUGCCCUUCCAGCCGAGCGUCAUCAUGGCUCUCGCCAGCAAGGAUAGCCAGCUGGCCCGGCAGCUGUGCCAGCUGUUUUACUCGACGGCCAGCCGGUUUUUGCGUCCCUUCGACACGCUGCCCCUGUUCCGGUCUCUGCCGCGCUCGCCGCCCAGCCCCUUUUUGAUUGUCGGCCACGCGUCACAAAUCCCGGCGGCCAGUGCCCCGGGCCCGGCCUCCCUGCUGCGCAAGGCGACCCCGGGGAAGCGGGGCCCAGCUCGCCGGGCCAGCCCGGCGGACUCCGGCCGUGCAGGCCCCCCGCCCGCCCGGCCCCCCUGCCGGCAGCAGGUCUUCCCCUACGGGCUGCCCGGCGUGGCGGGCCCAGGCUCUGGAGCCGGGUGCGGCUGUGCCCUGGGCCCAGCCCUGCCGGUGCCCCCGGCGCCCAAAUCCCGGCGCACCACCCCCGACCCGCCGCCCUCGAGCCCCCCAUCGCCACCCCAGCCGGACCGCUGGUAUCAGGACCAAUUCAAUGCCCAGCUCACGUCGGCCCCCUCCUCGCUGUCGGUCACCCAGCGAGAGUAUGUCCUUGUGGUGACGUACUCCCUGUACUCAAAUUUCGUCUUCAUCUCCUGGUCCGACGACCGGCUGUCCAUUCGCGGCUCGGUGCGCCUGCCGCUGCUGGCGCAUGACUCCUGCGGCCCGGUCAUCGUCCGGCUGGUUUGGGCCUUCGUCAGCGGCCUGCUGAAGGACCGCUCAUCCAAGCAGCAAACCCACAGCGGCAGCACACACGACUUCUGGCGCGUGGUCAUCUUCUCGGAGGCCGGCUUCCCGCCGGAACACUUGCCGGCAUGGCUCCGUUGCCUGCGCGAGGCGGACCUCCUCUGCCCGCUGAUUGAGGCCGACUGCGGCAUGGCUCCCCUGAUGGAGCCCCUUCCCGGGAGCACAUACUCCCGGACCAGCUUCGUGGACCUGCGCCAACGGGCGCACACCAUCCUCUCGGUGUCCCUGAUGGAGCUUUCCUACCUGGACGGGUUCCAGGUGCUGCCAGCCGAGUCGGUGGGGCCGCUGUUCCCCGGGGCCCUGGGGGCCGCGGGGCCGGCCCGGCCGGCGGCCACCGGGCUCCCGGCGCCUGGCGAGCCGGCCGCCGGAUGGCUCACCCUCCUGGACCGGCCGUUCGCCCCGUCGAACCAGAGCCAUGCGGCCAUGGUGUCGCGCGAUGGGCGCCUUCGGCGCCUGCACCAGGCCGCCGGCAUCCUCUGCGUGAAUGCCGCCUCCAAGACGCCCCUGGUCUAUGAGGUUGUGUGCGUGCAGCAUGCCGUUCAGAUGUCCCGCCCCGCGGUGGACCUGUAUCAGAGCACGGUCAGCCGCCGGGCCUGGAGCCGGUGGUCGCCGGCCCUGCCAGGGAGCACGACCCAGGCAGCCGGCGACCCGGCUCCAGCCAUGUCCCCGGCCCCCCUCUCGGGCUUGGCGCUGGCCCUCUUCCCCGGGCAUGAGCGCCUGCUGCUGGAGCUUGGGCCGGAUGGGGUGCCGGCUGCCCACCGGGCGGCUCUCGGCAUCUCGCCGGCCGACAUGCCGGAGGUGGUGCACUUCUGCCCGCAAACCGACGCAGCCCGGGUUUUCCAGAACGUGCUGGCUGACGUGGCGGACAUCCUGGUGGGCAUGUCGGUCGGCGCCGCGCCGCCGGCCCAGUCGCUCGGCCUGGUGCCGCCGUCCUUCCUGCCGUCCUUCCGAGCGGGCUUCCGCCGGCGGGAAGUGAGCGACGGGGGCGGCGGGGCCGGGCCCCUGCCGAAGACCGCCCCGCCGGCCGGGGCCACCCUGCCAACUGCCGGCCCGGGGCCGGGCGUGGCUCCGGCGUCGGGGCGCUCGCGACUCCGACCGCGGCCGGGCGCGCCCGGCGCGGCGGCCGCCGACAGCCCGCACGUGGCGGCCUUGCCGCCGGCACCGGACGAGCCGCUGGCCGAGGUGCCGUCGGCCACCGGGGCCGGGCCGGCCGGCACGCCGGCCGGCUCCAACUCCGUCAGUGUCUGCCGGUCGCUGCUCACCCGGCCCACCAUGCUGGAGGACUUCAACCCGCCGGUGGCCAUCUGGCCGGACACGCACACCCGGCACUGGGCCACCCCGUCGAUCCCGGCCCCGGCGAGGCACUUCUCCAACUCCCUGAACCCGCACCUGUCGGCGGAGAGCGCCCAUGCGCUGCUGGCUUCGGAGAACAAGAUCGACGCGCACCUGGCCCAGACCAACCUCUUCCUGGACUGGUCCAUCGAGCGCGAGCGGGCCUUUCUCCUGUCCUGCUUCUCGCCCCUCGAAGACCCGACCCUGCCGCUGGAGCGGACGUACCUGGCCCCGCGCCGGGCCCCGGGCCUGGCGGCCUCCGGCCCCUCGGGCGGCGAGCUGGCUGACGAAGAGGCCCCCGGGGUGGCCGACGCGCGGGGCGCCCUGGCCGCCGGGGCGUCCCCUGGCCCGCCGGUCCCCUCGCCUCUCAGUCAGCUGCCCGGGCCGUCGCAGAGCUGGCUCGGGGUGCGGAUCUUCCCCCUGUGACGUGGCAGGCCAUCCGGGCGGGGGAUCCGGCCGCGCGCCGUGCCGCAUUCCAAAUACCACUUCAAAAGGAUG